GGGUCGACACUUCCAUAUAAAAAGCCUGACCCCCAAGCCAGUCACUAAAAACACGACUCUAUCGCUUUUAAAAUAAAGUCUAUAUUUGAAUAACCGCAAGGCUUCAAGUUUGAGAUGCGAAUCAUUACCAACAUACAGAAUCUUAACAUUUUGUUAUCUAUGAUUUUGUGAUUACUGAAGGUUGGCAGCUUUGCAAUGACUUUUUCACUUUUUGAAGUUGUUUGAAAAUUGUAUAAAACAAACAUCUGAAAAAAUUGAUUUUUGCUUGAAUAUCAAGUGAAUUGGCUAUUAAAUUUGUGCUUUUAUGUUAAGUUUUGUUGCGUGUCACCGAUUUCGUGAGUUUAAUUACAUUUUCACCGACUCCUUGAAAAGUGAUACCUACUUAUUAUUUUCGUCUGAAAAUAUUUCAACUAACAUGGAAAGCCGCAUCUGCAAGAAGUGUACGAUUUGUGGAGUACGUAGACUCCCCAAAUCGAGCAUAUUUCUUGCAAAAUUUCCUCUUGACCCUGAUCGAUGUCGAUUAUGGGUGAAAGCAUCGGGCAUUGAAGAUUUAGUUUAUGUGCCAAUUGAAAAGUUGCAUCAGCUCAAGUUUAUAUGUGGUGCCCACUUUACCCGUCAAUGCUUUAAUGCAAAAGGGAACCGGUUGUUAGCCAGUGCAGUGCCAACUGAAGGUCUCAUGAGAACCCCUUUAUCUGAUGACCUUUUUACUGAGUUUCCUUUGCAUAUUAAAUCAUAUUAUGAUAAAAUUAAUCCUGCUGGAAAACAUACAGAUAAACUUAUGUCUACUACCGAAAAGAUAAACAUGAAUAUGGCAAUUGAAGCAAGCACUGAAAUAAAUGAGACAGAGGCACAUAUUUAUCAAGGUGGACCAGUGCUUACUAAUGUCCAUAAAACAUAUGGUACUGAUAAUUUUGUACCAAUACCUUCAACCUCGAAAACUCCUACACACUUGACAUAUAAAAGAAAAAAAGGAGUAGAAAUGUAUCCUACGGCGAACGAUGAAAUUUCGGUUCAGAACAUUGUAUCACCAAAAAAAUGCAAGACUGGAACCACAAUGCAGAUGGGGGGUGAAGAAAUUCUGGUGCAAGGCUAUAAAACAUCAAGGAAAAGUCGAACAAAUGAUGAAAUAACUUUAACAAAAAGAGAAAGGAGAAUAUUAAAACGUCUACAAGAAUCAAAAAUCACGAUAAGGAGAAUGGCAAAGUCCUUAUUAAAUUUGGAUAAAUUAGACUCUGAUAUCCUUAAAUCGAUUGUGGAAAAUGCAGUCAAAAAUUACAAAAAAGCCCCACACGGAAAACGAUGGCAACCGCAAAACAAAACCUACGCUCUGUCUGUUCUCCUAAAGCAUACCGCUCAAGCAUUAAGCAACACGAUGGCCGCGGUUUUGAAGAUGAUAGCAUGGAGCGACCCACGUUCAGAAGAGAUCAACGAUACUGCCUACAUUGUUGAAGAAAUGGACAAACUUUUUGAUUGCACAAAUGGACCAAAAUCGCCAGAAGAUAAUUAA